AUGGGAGCCGCUUUAAAUAAUAUUCCAGUUGAGAAAAUUGAUGAGUUAGGUAAUAUAACACCAAAUCGUGCUGAAUGGUUGACGAGUCAUGCAGAUGCUAGUGAUUUAUCAGCAGUUGAAGUUGAACGGUUAUGGAAUCGAUUUAGAAAUUUAACUGGAUCGAAUAAUAAAGCAACUCUGCAGCCAGACACCGAUGCAUUACCGGAAGAACUCGGAAAUGAUGUUUUUGUUAAAAAUCUUUUAAAUCAUUUUCCACGUUUAAAAACGGAUGAUAGUGCUAUUUCAUUUGGUUAUUUUAUAUCUGUUAUGAAAUGGUUUGAUGAAGUAAAACUGCACAGAAAAUUAGAAGCUAUAUUUUUAUAUCUCAAUAAUGGUGAUCCUAUCAAUGCUGUCUUCCUAGCUAAACUAUUAAAACACAUGUAUCCAAAUAAGAAUAGUACUCAAGUUAAAGAGUUAUCAGAAGAAAUUAUGCGAGAUUUAGGAACAGUUGAAACAGGUCGACUAAAUCAACAAGAAUUUGUAGAUGGUGUUUUAAAAUUUAUAUCACGUGAAGAACUUGAAGAUAUUUUAGAAUUUCAUAUAAUUCCGCCAGAUGUACUUGAAGAAAUAGAUAAAUUACCAGGGCUUCCAUUACCACCAAUUAGUACACACGAUCACGAUACAGCUGACGAUGUUGGUAUUAAUCUUGUAAAUGAUGAUCAAACAAAACAGAUAGCAGUUCAACUAGCAAAAAAAAAUUGGAGGAAAUUAGCACUUGCACUUGGCUUUCUUGAAUAUGAUAUUGAAGCAUAUAAAGUACAAAAUAAAUAUAAUGACGCAGCAACCAUCUAUGAACUACUUGAACUAUGGCGUGAUCAAGAAUCUACAAUGGCUACAACGACUCGAUUGAAAGAAUAUUUAAGACAAUGUGGAUUCGAAACUGUAACUAAGGUUCUCAAAUAA